AUGAGGUGGAGGUGCUCGAACGGCGACGAGUCACCCACUAGCGACAACACCAGCCCCGACGGAAUCAUCUCCUUCACGGAUGGCGCCAUCACCGCCAUCGAGGCCACGGCCCACACCAACACCACCACCCUGGAGUUCCUUGGGCUCAUGUACAUCGGAGGCUUCUACUUCUCCGAAGAUACCAUCUCAACGGAAGGCCCGUUCGGCGACGGCGGCAACUACUCGUCCGUCAGCACCUCCACCAGCUGCGAGGACGGGGCCUACGCAACCGGGGUCCGCCAGUGGUACACGGAAUCGGCGGUUUACGGGAUCAUGCUGCAGUGCGCCGAGCUUUCGGAGACAUGCUCACCCGGCGUCGCCGCUGCCGACGCACUAGACGCUCUGGCGAAUAGCGACGGAGGGGGUUUCUUCGAGUUUACGGAUUGGUCUAUCGUAGGGGGGGCAGCGCUAGGGGUGUGGGUGUUUACCUUCUUCGCGGCAUUGGUGUGGUGUUGCUUCUUCCGGGGGAAGAAAUCUUCCACGGCAGCGACCGCAGGGGAAGAGGAGCAGAAGGAAGGGGAGGCAGGAGGAGGACGAGCGUCGUCCACCGCAGCGACCGCAGGGGGGGAAGAGGAAGGAGGACCGGGACGAGGAGGAGGGUGAGGAGGAUGGCAGCAAGCAAUGAUUGCUAAGCUGUG